AUGUCUCAAGCCAAUUCAGUUGCCCAAACACCUAGAAGAUCACCCUCUGGUGACUUGGCUCACAUUCAGUGUAUAACGGCCGACCAAGCAGCGUAUAAGCUCUCGAGAAUGGAACUGAAUGGUGCUAUUAUGGAACCCGCAUUCUCUGAAAAUAUCGGAGACCGUCAUUUUGGUACAAGUGACUCGGUGUUCUCAUCGGUGCCAGUAUCAAGAGAUGGUUGGUCUGCUUCAAUGGCUGCCAAAAAUGACUUGCUAGCGUUCCAAGCUGAACGUAAAGAACGCAGAGAGGCUAGGAAACGAGCUCUAGAAGAUGCAAAAGCCAGAGAUCAAGAACGAUUAUCACGACUGAUGGAAGAAGCUGAAGUCGAGGCCAGAGAUUCAAAAUUGAAGAGGAAGUCAAGCACGAGUGGGCCAAGAGGCGCCUCUGCCUCAGAAGCAUUAGUAUCAUUACGAUUAUCACAAGUCUCAAAUCCUAAUCGAUCAAGUACCAGCAUGAGAAGUCCUGGUGUAGAAUCACCCGCUACGUCGCUUAAUGUGCGCAUGUUUGGUGGGAUAGACACCAGUCGACCUGUUAGUAGUUCAAGCCCAGCUUCUCAAAGAGGAAUGGAUGUACCUUCUUCCCCAUUACGACCUACCACCCCAAGCAUUACCGCUUCGCCAAACUUACCUGCAGUUGCUCUGCCAACUACAACAAAAUCACAACCAAAUACUGGCUCGCAUGUAUCAGAUCUCGUAGUCAAAUACGAAGCUGCCGUUGAGACAGUCGUAGAAUCCUCACCAAAACCGUCCAGCAGACCAGUCUCAUUACUGCUCGAUACCGGGUCUUCUCCCACUGGUUUGAAACGACAUUCAUCAGUCAGAACACCAGACUCAGCUUCCGAAAGUGGCAUGAAGAGAAACAAUUCCGCUUCUGCUACUGACGCUGGUCUCAAACGUACCAGCUCUAUGCGAGAACCACGUACCGAUGCUCUUAAACUUACUGGCUUGGAAUUGGCUAGACCAGCAUCACCUGUAUCUCCACAGAUUUCAAAUAUUUUGGCAAACUUAUUGAAACAUGAUGAUGCACCCAAACCAGUCGCAUCAUCACUACACUCUGAAAAGAUUCCAGCUGCUGCUCAUGUUGAUGACAUCAAGGCUAAAUUCGAAGCUGCUGCUGAAAGCCUCGCUGUUGCCAAUGCCAACACCAAACGAUCCAGUGUUAUCAGAAACAGCACUACCAGUCAACCAAUUCAAGUAUUUUCUGUUGCCGUGGCUGAAAAUCCGGUAGUUUCAAACGAACCAAGAAUGUCCAAAGCCACGCAACACGAACCUAGACUGUCACUUGUCAUUGCAGAACCAACCUCAAACACCGAACAGCAAGUUGCAGCUUCCAACAAGCCUGACGAUGCACCAAUUGAUUCGGCUACCGCUGAUUUAGCUAACAACAGCAUUGUCGAAGAGGUCAAUGACAUUAUGGGUGAUGUACCUCAGGACAUAGAGCUUGCACCUCUCGAAUCUCCUGUCGAGCCUAUGGCUGAGCCUAUUGUCGAAUCAGUUAUUGAACCAAUCGUAGAGCCUGUUGCAGAAUCGGUUACGGAAUCAAUUGUGGAGUCAAUUGUUGAGCCAGUCGAGGCUUCGGUACAAUCUGUCGUUGAGGCACCAGUUGCUGUAGUUAAUAUUUUAGAACCUGUUGCUGAAACCGCAGUGCAAGCACCAGAACUUGUCGAAUCAGUCACAAUCUCCAGUCAACAACAACCACCUGCCGCACCAAAACGUACGACCGUAAUCUGUUAUGCAAAGGCUUCUCAUCCAUUCGAAGGAAAUGCUGAAGGAAAUGAACUCACUUUUGCAGCUGGCGAUGUGUUUGAGAUCUUGGAACAAGAUGAAGGAUGGUGGCAGGCUCGCCGUUAUGGGACGAAUCAAGUUGGAUUCCUGCCAUCUGCAUAUACCCAACCCAUUACAUUGGACGAAAUCGAACAAUCGAACAAACCAACACCUGAAAUUCAGCAAUCUAUGGAGACUCUAGGUUCAGUCACGGAUGUUCGACAGGCUGAGACUCCUGAAAUCGAAACCGCUGAACCAACUCAAAUUGCUGAAGCCAAAGAGCCAGAAUCUGUAAACACUUUGGAAGACCUCAUGAAGGCGGUUAUUGAUUCGUCAUCGGCACCAUCUAGUCCUUUGACAAAUGAAUCAUUCACAUUACCUAUUGCCAGUAAGACAGAAGAUACCCAGGCCGUCGAACCUUUAGUUAUACCAGAUGCUGCGGUUGCUCAAGUCGAGUCUUCUGUCGAAGAAGGUGAAGCGAUUCCCUUGUCUCCUCAAUCAGCUACUGCCGAAGGAGCGUCUCGAACUGGCAGCGCAUCACCUCGUACUGGACCACAACGUCGCCCACCAUCUGCCAGCUUUUUGAAGGCUCGUGCUGAUUCCGCAACCGCUUCAAAUCAAAACGGUGAAGUGGCUUCUGAUCGUAAAACGAUCUACAAGGAAUCAUCAGAAGAUAGAAGUGUUAGUGCAUCCGAAGAACCUGCACCGAUGCCCGAAACAAUUGCACCUAAAGCUGCCGGUGCACGAUUAGAUCGAAACAAGACUAUUACAGCUACUUCACGUGCUACUCCAAAACCAUCGUCUAUCAGUAAAGGAACCUCUCUAAGAAUCAAAUCCGUUGAAGAAUUGGGCACUGAUAAUUUCAAUCAAGAUGGCAGCGAACCACCUUUGCCAGCUACAUUGUUUGAAAACAACUUGCUGUCAGCAAUGACUCGUGACGAUGAAGAGUUGAAACAGAGACCAACAUCCUUUGAGACUUCUAUCCUAUCCAUCAUGGGCAAUGGCUCCUCUCAAGAAGCCCACAAGGAAGCAACUUCACCAACUGGUACAAAUUGGAGUCCAGCAGCAGUCUCAUCUACUAUUGCUGAGCGCACACGUGCUUUUGAUGGUGACGCACCCACAGGCAGCAAAACUAACUUGUCGACACGACCGGUAUCGUCACUGGCUGCUCCCUCAGUUGGAAAAUACGGUCGAGCUGUAGCAAGACGUGAGGUAUCCCUACUCAAAGUCAAGGGUAAACGUAAAAUGUACACUGUUCGAGUACCCAUUUCCGCUGCGUCUAUGAAUGAAGGUGAUGUCUUCAUUCUUGAAGUACCAAGAACUGAUUCAGGAAUGGUUUUCACACCUUCCAUGAAUGGUGACCCUAACAAUGCAAGUCUGUUUGUGUGGUAUGGUAAAGACGCUGGCCCAGUGAAACGGGCUAAGGGGAAAGAAGUUGUGUAUCGAACUCAAGAUCGAGAGUGGGGCAAGAAGGGUGUUAUUGCUGAACUGGAACAAGGAGUGGAGAACUUUUCGUCAGCUGAAUUCUGGCGUGUUAUCGCUGGAUCUCCUUCGGCCCCUUCAACCAUGAAGACUGCUGUUGAAGGUGGAGACGACAUGGAGUACGAAAAGCAAAUGGAAUCCAUGACUUUCUUAUAUGGAGCUGACCCAGAAUCCGAUCCCUCAAACCCACAAUUCAAAGUACUAGUCAAUGGCAAAACACUCACCACCAAGAAUGUACACUGUGGUGGUUCAUUUAUUGUAGAUUGCUAUGACGAAAUUUUCGUGUGGCAUGGUCGCCAAUCGCCAGAAUCUGAACGGAAUGCCGCAACUGCGUUUGCUGAGUCUCUAUCUAAAGCUGAAGGACGUCCAGCAAACGUGGUGCUAGACAUUGAAAGAGAUCCUGCAGAACGUAUACUGUUCAAGGAGCGAUUCAUGGACUGGACUGAUGGCUUCAAAAUCGAAGUUAGUCUACAGAAAAACAUUGCAGCCAAGGACAAGAGUCGAUAUGUAUAUGAUCGUGGCGGAUGGGACGUGAAGAAAAUCGACAAGGUCAAUGUCGAAGCAAUGUAUGAUCCACCAGGCCCUCCAUCGAGAUGGGACGUGGUCGAAGACCCGGAUAUAGGAGGUCCCCCCAAACCAGAAGAAGACCUUGGAGUCGUAUCCCUUGAAGUCCUAGUACUUGAAGAAAAGGGUACCUCGAAAUCCAUUGAUGCAACUGAAGCUCAAAUCCUCUAUGCUGGUGAAUCGUAUACCUUUAUGUACAAACACUUGACUGGACGUCCCGAAAGUCCAAAGGAAGUGUCUGUCAUGUACUACUGGAUUGGAUCUGAGACCAAGAGUAGCGAUAUGGCAAACGCUGCCUACACCGCUGCAGACAUAGCAAAGAAAGCAGGCGCUCGACAAGUACGAGUCAGACAAGGUCAAGAGCCCUCACACUUUUUAAAGAUGUUGGGAGGAUUUGUCAUUGUUCGUAAAGGAUUCCGCAAGUCCUUUAUUCAUGAAGACAAAGCCCUAUACCAUAUUCGAGCUGUAUGCCGUGACGUGGUCAGAUGCGAAGAAACCAUCUUCAAUGCUUCUUCACUUUCCUCUGCACACUGCUUUGUGCUUGCACUGAAGAAUCAAGUGAUAGUCUGGCAUGGUGUUGGAUCGUUUGAUUAUGAGCAGGCUAAAGCCAAUGAGGUUGCUAAACGUAUUGCUGAUGUACGACCAAUCCAAGAAAUCCAAGAACAAAAUGAGCCCAAGAUAUGGUUUGAGAAGCUAGCUCCCAACUCGACCAGAAAGACUCCAGAAUACGCAUCAGCCGAUUAUUUUAGUCUGAAAUCCAAAUUCCCAGACUCAUAUAAGACACGCCUCUUCAGAAUAUCGUUUGGUCUCAAGAAUGGAAACCCUACUGCUGAAGAAGUCGAAAAUUAUACCCAAAACGAUCUGGAAGAAUCCGCCGUGUUUAUACUGGACGCAUUCUUUGAAAUGUUUGUCUGGGUCGGAUCAGAAGCCAAAUCCAACUUUAAGGAUGUCAAGUUGGGAUUGGAGACUUGCAUGGAAUAUGUCUCAUACGUAGCCAAGAAACAACCACAGCGUCGAAUCGAUGGAACAAAAUGCCUCUUUGUGAGAUCUGGUGCUGAACCAGCAAAUUUCAGAACGUGUUUCACUGCUUAUGAUGAUGGUGCAGAAGAUUUCUCAGAGUCUCAAGGAUUCUUGAAAAAGUUUAGAAGAACCCUAUCUCGCCCAAAGGGGGAUGCUCACAAGGGUGCUUUGCAACUCGUACCUGAGAUAUUGGUUCAGCUGCGAACCACAACCUACCCCAUCGAGUUACUCAAAAAGAAGGAUGAAUUGCCACCUGGUGUAGAUCCAAAUCGUAUUGAAGAUUUCAUGUCACCAGAGGAUCUACAAAAGGUUUUCAAGAUGGAUAAGGACAAGUUCUCUGCCCUACCGCUCUGGAAGAGAACUGAAUUAAAAAAGAAGGCUGGGCUCUUUUAG